AUGAAAUUAUUUCAUUGUGAUGUUGAUCCUGAUAUGCAAAUUCCAGCAUAUAAUGAUCGAUGUACAAGUGAAGAAAAACCAAUGGGUUUAACAUCUUGUCUAACUGGAGGUAUCAUUGGUGGUCCAAAAACACCUCAGUUUCUUGUACUUGAAGUACAUUUUAAUAAUCCUUAUUUUGAAAAAAGAAAAUAUGAUGCUGGUAUUAUGGAAGUUGGACUUGAAUAUAAUCCAAAAAAUUCUAUUCCACCAGGAUCUACCGCAUUCCGUGUUUUUGGUUAUUGUGAUAGUGAAUGUACUCAAAUAGGUUUACCAUCAAAAAAUGGUCGAAUUAUAACACUUAAUAUUGAUCGACAUUAUAGUUCUCAUUUUCAAGAAAUUCGUUUUUUAUUAAAACUAAUUAAAAUUGAACAAGAUGAUACAAUUAUUCAUACAUGUAUUUAUAAUACAGAAAUUCGAACAAAUGUGACAUUUGGUGGAUAUAGUAUUAAUGAUGAAAUGUGUAUUAAUUAUAUGCAUUAUUAUCUACGAAAAAAAGAAAAAAAGAGUGUAUUUAUUUUAUUUAGAUAUUUUCAUGCUAAAACAAGUAUUGAUCAAAUAAUUUAUGAAAAUUAUAAAUCAAUUCAUUGGACUCCAAUAACAUCAUCUAUACUUCAAAUAUUUUAUGAAGAAGCACCUAUUCAUCUUUCGUGUAAUGGUUCUGAUGGAAAUUACUUACCUAAAUAUAAUUGGCAAAAUGAUUAUUUUUCUCAAGGACCUAAACAACUUGAUGUACCACUCGAUAAAGCACAGUGCAAAUGA